GCUAUCGCUUAAAAUGUUAUUCUGUCAUAGCUUGGUUGGUCUGGUUGAGUCGCUGUUAUUUUUGUUUAAUUAUUUCAAUUUAAUUUUGCACUCAAAAUGGCUCGCAAUUGCAAUGAAAAUGAUGAUGAAAGUAUAGAUCCGACGUCGAUAACAUCUCAUGUGAAAAGUACUAUCAAAAACGACAUCAUAAAAGAGCUGAUACAGGGGUCAUUUCAAGAUAAUAAAACCAAGCUUGGCAAUGACGCGUUGUCUUUGGUCGUCGAAGUAGCAAAGUGCUUGGUUACUGAGACCUGUCUGCGAGCCUCCAACCAAGCCCUGCGGGAGACCUGUGACAAGGUUGAGUUGGAACAUGUUGAGAAGUGCCUUCCUCAACUGAUGCUGGACUUUCCAUAAAAGGGGAAAUGACUAAAACAUGAUCACACCUCUUUUCUUGAAAUCAGAAAAACAUGUGCCCCACAAGAGAUGUGGAUGUGAUGUAAAGAUACCAGUCACAUUUGUGGACCAAGUGUUUUCUUGCAUUUUCACCGUAUUUUCUUAUAGUGUGUACAACACAAUUUUUAUAUGUGCAUUAUAGGAUUCUUAACAAUAAUAAUUGAGUCUGCUGUAAGUGUAUGAGAACAUCUUUAUCACAACUUACAGUAAAGUGUAAGAGUGUCUCAAAUUAAUGAACACUAAUGAACACAACCAAUGCCAUAUAAAAAAUAAUUCAUUUAUGCUAUAAAAAAUGUGAUUUGCAUAACUUAUAUGGCUAGAUUUUGUGUGAAAGCUUUGUAAGUCUUAUGAAAGCCCCAUCCUUUGUAGGUUGUAGUACCUAGCAGUUAUACCACAGAUCACUAGUUACUUUGAUUAUACACAGAAAUAACUCUACAUUCUUUAGCACCAUUUGGAAAUUGCUCACAUUCUAUGCUUGAAAGAAAUAAAUUUAUAUUGAAAUGUUGAAGUACAAAUUUUUGAAUGUAGAAAUUAGAUUGUGAUAUUGAUAAUUUAAAGUAUGCGCAAUAGCGAGAAUUCUAGACUUUGUAAUUUUAGAAAAAACUGCUAGUCUAAAUAUAUGAAAUGGAAAUUGAAAUAUUUUAUUUCGAAUUAGUAGUUGUACAGAAAUGUGAAAAGCAAUAAAUAUAAAUAACUUCAGAGUAAAA